CCAAAACUUAGAUUGACCCGGCCUCGGUCUACCAAAGCAGAAUCUUUGCCGGCCCAGACCUGCUUCGUUUCGGUCUCGUUGAUAGAGAAUGCGCGGGACCUUUGGCGAACCCGAUGACGCUAGUUCUAAGCCGCAGCCAAUCGCCGUCGCCGUAUUACUGGGAGCCCACAGCGAGAUGGGGUCUUUGCAGGCGGGCUGAAUCAAUGGCGUGUAGGCUGCUCGACACGGGAUUGGCUCCCCAGCUAGCGAUAGUACGAGGUAGCAGCAAUCGCCUGGCACGUUUUCCUUUUUUGGGGCUGGGGAAUAGUAGAUGGUGGGUUCGCACGAGAGACACAGGACGCAUAUGCAAUGCAGCUCAAGGUUUUUCUUUUUGGAUAAAUAGGAAAGCCAAUGUCCUCCCCGCGGCGCACACGGCCUCCAGUCGAAUCUAGCUUGACAAUCCUGUCGUCUUUUCUUCUUUAGCCUCAAUCGUUCGCCACUACACAAACAUGCACUUUUCUACUCUUGCCAAGAGCGUGCCGGCGCUCGCUGCGGCUUCCGUCUUGGCUUCCGCUAGCUAUCCCGACAAGCCCGCCGACUUGGCCACUCCUGUUCAGCAGCGCAUUGCCAUUAACGGACCCAACAGCAUUGCUGUCUCGUGGAACACUUACCAAGACCAGGCCAACUCGUGCGUCAAGUACGGAACCUCCGCCUCCAAGCUCGACAAGCAAGUCUGCUCGACCACCUCCAAGACAUACCCUACUUCACGAACCUGGUUCCACACCGUCUCGCUUGACGGCUUGAGCCCGGCUACCACCUACUACUACCAGAUUGUUGGCGGCGCCUCGGAAGUCAACCACUUCUUCAGCCCCCGCCUGCCCGGUGACAAGACUCCCUUUGCCAUCAACGCCAUUAUCGAUCUCGGUGUCUACGGCGAGGAUGGAUUCACCAUCAAGAUGGACCAGUCGAAGCGCGAUACUAUCCCUUCCAUCAACCCGUCGCUGAACCAUACCACCAUCAACCGCCUGGCUGACACGGUCAAUGACUACGAGUUCAUCAUCCACCCCGGAGAUUUGGCCUACGCCGACGACUGGAUCGAGAGACCCAAGAACCUGUUCGACGGCAAGAACGCCUUCCAGGCCAUCCUUGAGCAGUUUUACAUCCAGCUCUCCCCCAUCUCCGGCCGCAAGCCCUACAUGGCUAGCCCCGGUAACCACGAGUCCGCUUGCCAGGAGAUUCCUCACCUCACCUGGACCUGCCCUGCUGGCCAGAAGAACUUUACCGACUUUAUGGUCCGCUUCGGAAACAACAUGCCUACUGCUUUCCCCUCGACCUCCAAGGACUCUCAAGCCAAGGUCAACGCCAACAAGGCCAAGCAGCUGGCUAACCCUCCUUUCUGGUACUCCUUUGAGUACGGCAUGGCCCAUGUCAUCAUGAUUGACACUGAGACCGACUUUGCCGACGCCCCCGAUGGCCCUGAUGGCUCCGCUGGCCUCAACAGUGGCCCCUUUGGUGCUCCCAACCAGCAGCUGCAGUUCCUCGAGGCCGACUUGGCCUCCGUCGACCGCAGCGUCACCCCUUGGGUCAUUGUUGGUGGCCACCGCCCCUGGUACACUACCGGUGGCGAUGGCGAUGGCUGCAAGCCUUGCCAGGCCGCCUUUGAGGGCCUCUUCUACAAGUACGGCGUCGACCUUGGUGUCUUUGGCCACGUCCACAACUCUCAGCGCUUCUUGCCCGUCUACAACAACACUGCCGAUGCUGCUGGCAUGACCAACCCCAAGGCGCCCAUGUACAUUGUUUCGGGCGGGACUGGCAACAUUGAGGGCCUCAGCGCCGUGGGCAGCAAGCCCAGCUACACUGCGUUUGCGUACGCCGACGAUUUUAGCUACGCCACCAUCCGCAUCAAGGAUGCCAAGAACAUGCAGAUUGACUUUUACCGCUCAUCCACUGGCCAGCUGCUUGAUUCGUCUGUUCUGUACAAGGACCACAGCGACCGCUUUGUGAAGCAGGCGUAAGACAGUGAUGCGCGCUGCUAGUAUGAUCAUGUAUAUAGUUUUAUAAAGGGAUAUAUAACGUAUAUAGCAGGAUGCUGUAAUGAUUUACAACAAAAAAGAAACCAUGUUUUUUUCCCUAG